AUGCGGUUCGCUCUCUUCUUGUCCUGGUGCUGCUGCCUGCAUGGAUGUGCGCUAGGGACUGGCUUCCUUUAUCAAGUGCCAGCAUCACCCGUCGGGGAGGGGAAGGUGGCUUUGCUGGGUCCGCGGGGCAGCGUAUCCCCGCGCAGCGUGCAGCCAGAGCUGCAUUGGUGUCACUAUACGGUUACACGGACGGUUUCCUGCCAAGUACAGAAUGGGUCAGAAACGGUGAUCCAGCGAGUUUAUCAGAGCUGCCGGUGGCCAGGACCUUGUGCCAACUUAGUGAGUUACAGGACUCUCAUCAGGCCCACGUACAAAAUGUCCUACCGAACUGUGACCACGCUGGAGUGGAGGUGCUGUCCUGGCUUCACAGGGAGCAACUGUGAAGAGGAAUGCAUGAACUGCACAAGACUAGCGGAUAUGACCGAGAGGCUAAACACGCUUGAGGCCAAGAUCCUUCUGCUCGAGGCUGCGGAGCGAAGCCCACCGUUGGAAAACAACCUGCCCAUCACUGGGACGACAGCCACGUGGUAUGACGAUCUGCUACCGGAUGCCUUUCCCCUGCUCAAUCCCGGGACUGUCCUGAGGAAAACAGUGGGACCUGUCGAGCCUAAAGGACACAGAGGCGCAGAGGAGCAGCUAAUACCCCAGGGGCUGCCAGGACAGGUUGGUCCUCCAGGCCCAGUUGGACCAACUGGUCUUCCAGGACCACCAGGGCCAAAAGGAGAGAAGGGACAACCCGGUGAGAGGGGCCCAGCAGGGCCACCAGGGCUGUUGGGACCUCAAGGACCUAGAGGACUUCCAGGAGAAACCGGGAUCCCAGGUCCCCCGGGUCCUCCAGGGCCACCAGCCGCCCCGAGCCUUCCUCUUACCUUCCAACAAGGGGUUCUCUACUCCCUCCAGCCCACAGCUGAAAAAGAAAAUGGAGAACCCCAGCUGGCCUCCACCGUCAUAGACACCAUCAUGGCUGGGCUGCCAGGACCACGGGGAGCCCCGGGCCCCAUCGGACCACCAGGGCCACCAGGUGCAUCAGGACCCAAAGGGCCACCAGGACCCAUCGGAGUCCCUGGAUCACAAGGCUUACCGGGCUCUCCAGGACAACCUGGGCCAAAAGGUUCCAAAGGAGACCGAGGAGAGAGAGGUGAACCAGGCAAGAAGGGUGAGGAAGGUGAUAAAGGCGCUGACGGGGAAGGUGUUCAACAGCUUCGAGAAGCUCUGAAGAUUUUAGCUGAGAGAGUAUUAAUUCUGGAGCACAUGAUAGGAAUUCACGACUCUUUGUCUUCCAUUGAGCCAGGCUCUGGACAAGAUGUGAUCCCGGGCUCCCCUCUGCGAACCAGCAUCAAGAUCAAGCGUGGAGGACCCCAGCAGCCGCAGGCCUACCAGAUCCUCUCUUCACUGCUGGAUGACAGUGAAGCCAAAAGGAGAAGCAAUCGGAUGAAGUAG